UAAUAAACAUGGCGGCGCCCUGACAGGACAUUCAGAACUCCUCGACAAUUUCCGUCACGUCAAGAACCAGGAUGGACGGCGCCGCAUCACUAAUGUUUAUUAAGACUCCAGUUAAGGUUACCGUCAAGCCUAGAUCUUGCCUCCUUUGUCUGUCUAAUGUGAAACGGCUACACCGUCUGUCCUAUAAGGCCGCUUACCAAGGGAGAUACGUCUCCAAAAUCGAGGAGCUGACAUCCCUGACACUCGAUGCAUCGCUCGUGUCUCAGACGUAUGUGUGCGAUAAAUGCAUGCACACAAUCGAACUUUAUCUCGAAUUCAAGCGGGUAUCAAUUGCCAAUAUCUUAGAAAGUCAAUCAAGUGAAGAUGACACUGUCGUGCGGAAGAAGAGACUGCGCUCCACUCCUCAACAACAAACAAGGACAAGCCCAAGGUAUAGCAAUAAUAAUAAUGAUAAUGUCAACAACAGCAGUAGGCCUAGUCCAAGCAGAGAGUCAGUUGCUGAACAAGUACAAAAAUCUGUGGAGAAACUGAAGCGACUUAGGUUAUCAGAGGAGAAUGAAUGUCACGCCAGACGAAAGCUAUUGACCGAUCAUACCUACAGUGCAGUACCUACAUUACAACUUGAUGAUGAAGAAAAUGCUGAUGAUACUUUGUUAGCCGAGGAUUUCUUAGAGGAGCUUGACAUAAGGAUUGAACCUGACAUUGAUAUGAAUAUGAAAAGAAUGGCAACACCGGGGCAGAGUGUCUGCUUUGAAAAGCAUCCAAAACUUUUGUCUAAUAAACACUGGUUUAGAGAAAUACUGAAAGAGAUGAAGUCCAAAUGCCCAGGUUUACUCACAGUUUUAUAUUCUGCUAUUGGUGAUAGAACUUCUCAUGAGUCAAAAGUGGCAACAAUAGGAACAAUAUAUGGUAUGCUUCUUCAUAGUCGUAAUUCAAAGGCCUGUUUAGUUCAGCGAAUCCUGACAACUGCAUGUAUAAGAUACCACGCAGACAAUAAGGUGAAGUUAUGCAUGUAUUUAUUCUAGCUUUAUCAUUUGUUUUGAUCUACAUGUAUGUACUUUGUUUACUUCAGUCAAGAUAGAAAAUGAGACAAUGUAUCACAUUAUCUAUUUUGAAUCUCAUAUUUUGCAUGAUUCUUUGUUAUAGUUUUAUUUAUAUGUAUGAUUAAACGAAUCAAAAGUUAAGGCCAAACAACAACAACCAAACAACAACAUUUUGUUGUUGUUGUUGGCCAUUUUGCAUGACAUGAUUUUAUACUAACCUGAAUUCAAAUGUUUGUUCUUGUUAACACAUGCAUUUCUUUCUUUAUUACAUUCAACCAUGAUGAUACUGAGGUCACAAGGAUUAUUUAAAGGCUUCUAGAACGCUUCAACAAGAUCCAUGUGACAAUGUCACACGAAUCCAAGAGGAAUAUUGUUGACGAAUAUGCUAGCUAUUCAGAGGAAAGGAUAAUUCAAUCUGUAGCAAAAGGAAAAGAUUUCAAGUUGAAUGGCGAUAAUUUGGACAUUUAUGUUUCAACGAACGACAUCAGGAUUGACAACAAGAACAGGGAUUACCAUUAUUUCGCCUCAGAUGUUACAUUCGACAGAGUAGACACCAGCUGUCUGGAUGACAGUAAACCUUUAGGUGACAUUGAUAGUGUCACAUAUAAGAACUUUGUUUCAAGUGUAGAUGAAGAUACAGUUUACAAAGAUUCACUCAAAGUAAUUCUUGCUAGGGUUCUCUGUGACAAUGUCCCUGGAUUUGGUUGGAUGAAGGCAGUUAUUCCAAAGCACAUAGCCCACAAUUUGGAAGAUGUCAUGUGCCAGAAAUCUGAAAUACACUGGUUGCCAAUCAUGCUAAAGAAUGAAGCUUGUUAUUCUGACUGUAUUCAGAUUAUGGAUGAAUAUGAAAAAAUGAUUACAUCAUGGUUCAACAAAGCACACCGAGGUUCAGAACUAUCUAAAGUUCAAGUUCCAGUUGGCGGCGAUCAACUGACAAGAGUGAGACUAGAGGGGGCGAAGAACCUUAAAGCUGGUGCUCUAACAAAGACAGACCGCUUGGAACAUUUGAACCCCAUCAUCAUUGAGAUGUUUCACACACGACAAGACUUACUUGAGAAACUAUACAAAAACCUGUUCAAGAGUGAAAGUGGGAGAGAUAAAGGCACCCUUUGUCACCUGAAGAUUCUUAUUGAGAGAAACAAUGUGAAUGGCAAAGUGAAGGGCCGUUUUGAGGCUCACGAAGACUUCAUUUUUACAUCUGGCUGUGCAUAUUUCUUAUCAUUCAUCAUGGACCUCUUCCAAAUGGAGACACUAGAAGAUGACCCUAAACACCAACUUCUGAAAUACAACAUCAAGAUGAUGCAUCUUAAAGACAAGGAGAAAAUAUUUAGUGAAAUUAUGACUAUCAUUACUGACAAGUUGGUUGUUUCAUUUCCAAAAGAAGAACAAGACAGCAAAAUAUUGCUACUGUUGACAGUCCUUGGACAUCAACUCAAGGUUUAUGCCAAUAAAGAUGGCAAACUUUUGGUAUUUGAUAUCAUCAUUAACUCUAUCAAGUAUUCAAUCAAGAUUGAUGAACAGAAGGCGAGACUUGGUUGCAGUGUACCACUGCCUAAUGGUGUUUCCAUUUUUGUGGUAACCAGUGAUGAGCAUGAUGAUCUAUACAACUAUGCCAGUCAACUCUUACAGUGGUAUUUCCUGAUACUUAGUAUGAAAGAUGCUAUCAAAGAAGGAGACACGAUAAGGAAUAAUAUCCAUCUGAAGUUCUCUAUUCCAAUAUUCUUCAAGCACUCGCCACUCUCCAAGUAUAUGGAAGAGUGUAUAGAUUACAUUUUCAAGACAGAGGUGAUACUUUCCGAGAAGAUGGCUCUCAGAGUUAAGGCCGGCUCCUUUGUGAACUUGUCAGGGAGGAAGGGUGAAAACAAGGCUGCAGACCUCCAUAAAGAAAAUGAAGUUCUUGUCCUAAAAGAACUCAUCCGGGGACUAGGAGCGAAUAAAACCGAGAAGUCAAUUGUGAGAGUGUCAAAAUCAGCCCUUGUCAUUAGAGAUGUUACAGCCAAUUUUGACAAGAUGCUUUGCAUCCCAGAGAAAAAGACACGCCACAAAAAACGGUCUUUCGAAAAUGAUGUCAAGGCAAUAUUAAAAGUCAUUGUUCCUCUUAAAAUAUGGAAGAAAGAAAGGGGUAGAGCACUGGCACAUUACAGAAAUAUUGACUGUUCACCCUUCACCAUAGACAGGACUAAGUUCCAAACAACAGUUAACGGGAUUAUAGGUCGUCUUAAGAGGGGCAUUGUAAUCCCUCAAUGUGAAAGUGAUGAAGAGACUGAUGACAGCAGCUAGCAGUGGUGGCUCCAAGGGGGGCGCCAGGGGGGCCAUGCCCCCCCCCCCAAAGGUUCUCCAAAAAAAAAAAAAAAAAAAAAGAAGAAAAAAAAGAUUUAAAAAACUCAAGUCAUUCAAAUAACAGCACUUUUAGGUAGCUACCCAGCAGACAGGUUGGGUGAUAAACAUUUGAUUUCUGGUGAUGAAGCCGUGACAACUAUGUACUGUAGUUGAAUUUUAUCAUGAAGCAAAAUCACUACAUAAUCACGUGUUAGCCUAAGGCUCGUUUCCAUGUGUGUGCAGGUGCGGGUGCGAGUACGACUACAAUGUAAAAUAUAGAUUAUUAUUAUAUUUAUGUGCGCGUCUUGUUUCUGCCGCAUGGGAAGUUUUGCUUCAAUGUAGAUAUGUAUCAUAGAGGUGAUUUCAUGGCAAAAUUUAAUUUCAGAAAAUCCCUAUUUCAGUUCAAGUUAUAUGUAAUUAAAUUAUAUUUAGAUGUCUUAAAAUUAUAUUAAGUGAAUAUUUAAGUAAAUUACAUUAAACUUCUAUACAAAUCAAGUCAGAUGUCAGUGUAUAGUAAAUGUAUUUAGAUGUCCAAGUUAAAAUUACAUUAAAGUUCUGCAGGAUGUUUUCAGGACUGAAUAACUUCAUUUAUGGCUUCAUCUUCUAGUUUAAGUUUAAAUCAGCCUUGAUCUAAUUGUGUUAAAGGUCUCCUGCAAUAUGUCUUAAUUCUGUUAAUUGGCUUCAAUAUCUCUGACUUGCUUAAGGAAUCACUGCAAUGUAAUGGUCCUUGUGUAUAAGUAUAUAAGGAGAAGAAUUUGCAAUAUACUGUCAUUAGAGUCUUGUGUCUUCACGUGAAGUAGUCAGAAGUAGUAUAGAGUAGAACAUAUAGUCAGCAGAUAGAUGUGGACCAGUGACACCAAUACCUGGAUUAUACAGAAUAAAGGUGGAGAUCACAUAGAUUGUAGUGAGUCUCUAGAAACAUAACUACGGCUUGG